AUGUUAAUUUUACCACCAUAUCAAAGAAGAGGUCAUGGUCGAUGUCUUUUAACAGCAAUCUAUAAUGAUUUACGAAAAGAUUCUCGUAUUCAAGAUAUUACAGGUGAAGAUCCAUCAGAUGAAUUUAUUCCAUUAAGUGAUCUUGUUUCACUUGAAUUAUGUCAUAAAUAUUUACCUGAUUUAUUUUUAAAAGAAUCAAUUCUUAAAACUAGUCGAUUAACAAAAGAAAUGAUUGAUUAUGCUCGAGAUGUUUGUAAAUUAACUAAAGUAAGAUUUGAUUUAUCUAUUUUUAUAUAUUGA